AUGUCUGUCAAAAACAUUUACAUUGACGACUCCAACCUUGCCAUUGGAGGGAAAACAUUGCACAAUCGUCAGGCUACUAUGCCUUGUGCUUUUUGGAACUACAAAAUCAGUGUCCUCUACGCCAACAUCAUGGAGCAGUUCCAUGCCAACGAAUACGAAACAGGUCACCUCCACUUCUAUGGUGCUGAUCUUGACCGUAACCCUCAGCUCGAUUUCCUUCGCGCAAACGGCCUAGCGUACGGCUACGACUGUCCACGGAAUGGUCGCGGGCGAGAGAAAGAAGCUGAUGUUGUACUCGCUAUCGACAUGAUUGGACAUGCCACGAUGUGGUCUGAUAUCGGAAUGCCCUGCGACAUCGCCCUGGUCUCAGGGGACGGCGAUUUCUUCCCUGCUGUAGCGAGGGCGCUCUUUUUCGGUUCCAACGUUCAUGUUUGGUCUUGGAGAGGUUCCAUCUCUCAGAAGUUCGUCCGACUUGAAACAUCGUUGAACGACUAUCCUCUGCACGGGGUAGGGCAGUUCAGUAUCCACUACCUCGAUCCGCACCUACAACAACUCACUAGUUAG